AUGUUUAAGGAACCAUCAGGUAAUAACUCCACAGAAAUUAUAUUUACAGUCCAAUGCUUUACAGACAUAAAAGAACUGCAGAUUCACAUUUUCAGCGUCUUCCUAAUUAUCUUGCUCAUAAUUCUAACCGGCAAUAUAACAAUUAUUGCAACAAUAACGAUAUGGCCACUGCUGCACACUCCCAUGUACAUGUUCUUGGUCAGUCUUUCAUUCCUGGAUAUUUUCUAUACGUUGACUACUUUGCCGAAACUAUUGCGCAUGGUCGCCACUCAAGACAAGACCAUAUCAUUUGCAGGGUGCAUGAUUCAGUUAUAUGUUUUUAUGGCCUUGACUUGCAUUGAGUUUAUUCUACUUGCUGUAAUGGCCUAUGACCGUUAUGUGGCAAUUUGUCAUCCGCUUCACUAUGGUUUAUUAAUGAGCCAUAAACUCUGCCUGAAACUUAUAAUUUCUGUAUGGAUCGCUGGCUUUUUGGACACUGCCACUCAUGCUUUCCUCAUAUCAAACUUGUCUUUCUGUUUAUCGCGUCAUAUUGACCAUUUCUUUUGUGAUGUUACUCCAGUUCUAAAGAUCACUUGCAGUGACACCUCCACCUUCGAGACUCUGACCUACAUAAAUGGGGCAAUUGUGGCUGUUCCACCGUUCACUGUUACGGCUUUGUCUUACAUAUUCAUCAUCUGCACAAUACUGAAGAUCCAGUCAUCCAAAGGGCGGAAAAAAGCCUUUUCUACCUGCGCCUCCCACCUCACUUGUGUUGUCAUCUUAUAUGGGACCCUCUCCUGUUCAUACAUGAGACCAACAAAAACCUACAAUCCAAAGCAAGAAACAUUUUUUGCACUUCUCUAUAUUGUUUUAGUUCCUAUGCUAAACCCUGUUAUAUAUACACUAAGAAAUAAAGAAUUUAAAGGUGUUCUUAGUAAAAUAAUUAAAAAAGCUGCUACAGCCAAGUAUAUUAUCUACAUUGACCCCUAA